AUGAUGCUUAGGAAACGAUAUAGACCUCUUGAUGCAGCAGAAGAGCGUUCUGUAGACGUCGAGCAUAAGCUACGGGUUGGUUUGCUCUACGAUGAACAGUCGUAUUGUUUUAGUUGGCCGGAUGCUCCAUUAACGGCCAUGCUGCGGUGCUCGAACGCGUCUUUGACUCCUGCCUUCCAUGGGAAUAUGGUGUCACCAACACAGGCCUCAAUCGCCCAACCCCCAAUCUUUACGGUGGAUCGUGUUGCGGCUGAACAUGGGCAAAGUGAGUUUGUUGCCUCUCUUUCUGCUAGUCAUCCGGCCAUCCCAUUUUCAUCAGGCGAUGGCUCCCUAGGCCGGCGGAGUAACGGAACGCAGCGCUGCAAACGGCACCAGGGGGGUCCAGUAUCAGCUGCCACAGAGGACAGUAUUUUCUCUUUCAAUGCUCAUCAGAUACAAGAGCUGAAAGAGGCCGGUGCUUUUAACCUGUUUCGUGAGGCAUUGUCACAAAGGGCGCCCAACUCGAUCAAUCUUGACAAUGAAGAAGAAUUGGGGAAUUUAGGUAGGCGAGAAAUGGAAAACGAAAUAGUGCGUUUGGAAUGGCGAGCAUUUCAUGAGUCCGAGAAAACAGCCCCCUCACUUCAGCGCAUCCUUCUCCUGACAUCAGCGGUGCCUUUCAUCGAGAAUGCGAAAAGCAAUAGGAAGGAAAUUUCUUCCCAGACGCCUCAUGAAUGGCAGCGCAUUGUUUAUGAUUUAUGGGUAAAAUGGAGAUGUGGAACUCCGAUGUCGGGUGGAAGUAUGCUUUCUGGUUCAAAUACAUUACCAUGGGGUUCUCCGCUCCUACCGGGUGCCUUUCUAUCCUCAGAGACGAAGGAAUAUUUCUUAACCGGCAACAACGACCAUAACGGUUUCAUUAAAGCGGGUCGAUCAUCGGAAAGAAGGGGUGGGGAGGGAGCAGCUAGGCAACUGCCUGCCGCUACAAUUCAUAGGCGUCGCGGGGCCUACGGUUAUCUUCGUUGGCGUAUAGACUUGUAUGAGCCACGGCUACGCUCUUCCUGGGCAGGAGACAGGGGAGAGAACAGGGAUCGAGGAGCAGCAAAAAUGCUGAGUGCGACCGAGGUGAGCAAGCUAAUAGAUGAAAAAAUUCCUGCUGCCUUGGCUGAGGUGAAGUGUGAGGAACGUGCGGACCCUGUAGAUGCAUUGGCCCUUACCGAUAUUCGCAACGAGGUAGAGACAUGGAGGCAGUGGCUUGCGCAUGUCUGA